GAGUCUGCGUACUGAUUUACAAUACGCCAGGACGAUUCCUAUAGAAAUUUGUGUAAGCUAUUAUUAAAACUGAUGUGUUUUUUCUGUAGUGUUAUAUAAAAAUAAUAACUAAGUGAAAUAAAAUAUAUAAAUAUUCAAUUGGUGAAUUACAUCUUUUGAAAUGGAGUGCAUUUUUAGUGCGUGUCAUCGAUUUACAUGGCCAAUGUUUUUUUUGCUGGCAAUAAUAUUUCACAUAAAAACAACAGCCUCUCACUCGGAUGGACUAUUCACAUUAACUGAUCAUGAUUCCCCAGCAGUGUCACCUAAAUUUCUAUCGCGUGGACAUUUGUAUAAAGUCAUAGUUGGUGAAACUAUAGAACUUCCUUGCAAGGUUCAAAAUCUUGGAUCUUUUGUUCUGUUAUGGAGAAAAGGUUCUUCCGUUUUAACAGCGGGUCACUUAAAAAUAACAAGGGAUCAAAGGUUCAAAAUUGUGGGGGACUACAAUCUUCAAAUAGCAAGUGUGAAAACCCAGGAUGCUGGUGAUUAUAUUUGCCAACUUGGAGAUCAAGAAAAUCGGGAUCAAGUUCAUACUGUGGAAAUUUUAGUACCGCCUACACUUCGUGCGUUACCGCACAAUGGUCAAGUUACUGCUCGUAAAGGUAGUACCGUUACCUUGGAAUGCAAGGCUUCAGGUAAUCCAGUACCAACUAUUUAUUGGUUUAAAAAAGAUGUGUUCGCGGGCCCAACUCAUUUAUCAGAUAGUUCAACAUUAAUAUUGGAGAACGUCGAUAGACAUCAUGCUGGAAUCUAUCAGUGCUCUGCGGAUAAUGGAGUGAAAGAACGCGUAUCAAUGGACAUACAACUAACUAUUCUUUCCCCACCUGAAAUAACUGUCGAGAAGUCAUGGGUUCAUGCAGCCGAAGGUCAUGAUGUAGAACUUGCUUGCAUAGUUCAUGGAGAUGUGAAUUCUGAGAUGCUGUGGUACCAAAACUCUUUUCUAUUAGAUCCUACCGAUAGAAGAUCAAUGCAGUCAAAUGAUGACAAAUAUACGUUAAUAAUAAGGAAAUUUCAACCGUCUGACUUUGGAAAUUAUAGCUGCGUUGCCGAUAACGCACUUGGUAGAACGAAAAAAUAUAUUGAAGUCUCUGGACGUCCGGGUCCUGCAAACUUCAUAUCACCAGCUUUGAGUGGUUAUCUCGAUCAUUAUAAUUUAACGUGGACUAUUGAAUCAAUACCCGCACUCGAUGAAAUUAAACUUUUGUACAGACGACUAUUGAUGAAUGAAACGUAUCAGCAUCCAGGAAAAUGGCAUGAAAAUCAUAUAAAUCCAACGUUAAUUCGAUUUGAUAACACUCACUUUAUUAUGUCACAUGUGAUAAAAAAUUUGGAGCACAAUGCAGUGUACGAGGCCAUUGUACAAGCCAAGAAUAAAUAUGGAUGGAAUGAGAUUAGUGACAUUCAUCAAUUCUACACCAGAAAUCACGACCUUUUGCUUGACAUAGAUAUGGAAUACAAAAUGGGAAUUUCGAAUGGAAAAGGGCAUUCACAUAAUUCCAAUAUUAUAAAGGCUGUAUUUGCCUAUAUAAUUUUUCACAGUUUGAAAGUUUGUAUUUAAGGACUUAUUACUUUAUUAUUCAUUAAAAAAUGUGCCUUAUAUUUCAGUUCAAUAUCUAAAUUAAUAUUUUAAGCAUUGUUUUUGUUUUUUACAAUACAUUUUUUUAUAAAAGAGUUUAGAACACUACUUACUGGAAACCGUUCUAUGUUGCAAAUUAUCCAUAUUAUUUAUAUUUUAUAUUUCACAAUAUAUUUUUAAUAAUAUAAAAGUUUAGUAUACUAGCCACAAUAAACCUUUUCAUGGGUAAACAAUAAUCCGCUGUAAAAGUCUUUCCAAAAUUUUUUCCUAAUCAUUAAUAGCCAACAUUUAUUUGUAAAAUUUAUUAACCGGUUACAAUUACCUGCAACUUUUGUGAAUUAGAUUAUGAAACUUAAAUCUUUUUAUUCUUUGCAAAGCUUGUUGAGCGUCUUUGAGCGUAAAGAGUAAAUUUUCCAUAAUUGAUGCAUGGCUACAAAUGUGUUCAAAAAAACCAUUGUAUGUAAUUUAAAUAUGUGUGUUUAUAAUAUAAGUUCGAAAAAGGUUAAGGGACGUUUUCUCAAUCCCCGGAUAAUAUUAUCCUUAGCCGCUGGUAGUUUAACUAGAUGAUAGUUUUAACUGACAGAACCGUUUUUACCAAGUUGUGGUUAUUGUAAAUGCGUAAGGAAACAGCGUCACCAUGUACGUGUUUGUUUUCGUAGGCGAGGAGACGAAGAGGAAAUAUGAAGAUAAUGAUAGCGAGCGACAAAUGUGGUUCCGUCUGAACGCUGUCUAUGCAGCUGAUUUUUCUUAUACAUAUACUUUUUAGCUAACAACUGUAAUUUCAUUUUCUGGUUAGAAAUUAACCAAAACUCCUCCAGAUAGUUACUUAGCAGAUAUUGAGAAAACCAUUUUUCAAAACAUUGCCGUCAAAAUCUCGUUAAGCGCUAAACCAUAUAUUGAGAAACGGGCCUUAUGAUUUAUUCUCUCAUGUUAAUAAAGUAUUUUUAAGCGAGUGUGCUAAGUACUGGUAGCUUGGAAUUUCGGUACUCUUAUUGUGUCAAAUUUGUUUUUAGAAUUUUAACUCAGAACUUUUUAUAUUACAACGAAACUUAAAUUUUUAUAUAAAAUAUGCAAUCAAUGUAUAAUAUUUUUAUAUGUAAGUAUAUAAAAAUCAUUAAUUUAUUUUUAUUACUGUUCUAAUAUCUACUUAAUAUCUGUGGGUUUCAUAAAAUACUAACUGAUAUGUCAAAUCAAGACAUAUAGAGCAUUUUCGAAGUGUUCAGGAGAUAAACCAGCUAUGCGUUGUUCUCAUAAUUCAAAGAUGUUUUGUCAUUUGUGUAGAACAACAAUAAAUACUCAGUAUUUUACAAUUAUUACAUAUUAUUAUGUAAUAGCAGAAAAUGGAAAGAACAUAAUAAAAAAUUAAAAACAAAUCCUUAAAAUGUUGAGUUGAAAGCAAUAUAUAUUAUAACAAAUAUUUAGCAAAAUAACCAAAAAAAUUUUUGAGUGUGGAAUACAUAGAGAAUAAAGUAAUUAAAAUGUCUCAACAUAAAAAAGUAUUUACAAAUAUUACAUCAAAAAAGUUCAAUCUAAUAAGACUGCUACCAUUACAUAGCACACAUGGAAUGACACACUUGGAAAUACACUUCAUAAAUUAUAUUAUUUAAAGGUUUUAAAACUAAAAAUAGUAACAUGACUGAUUCCAUAUGUUCUUAUGCAUCUGCAUUUCUAAAAAACGAACAUAUUUUUUGGUGCAAUUCUUUAAAACACUUCUCAUUAAAUUGGUCUCUUUAAAAGUUGAAAUCUUUGAUUUAAUACAAACGAUGAUUUAACACAACUUAGUCCACUAUAACUUAUUAACUUUAAGUCACCAUUAUUUUUCAUGUUAACUUGUCGUAAAUAUUAGAAACUUCCGAGCCACAAUUGUUGACACCAUAAAGGUAUUCUUAAAUACGUUGUAUUUUCAACAUGAAAAACAUCGCCAACUGUUUAGUAUAGUUAAUAAUAUAUGAAACUUUUACAAAAAAUAUUUAAUAAGGUUGCCUGAUUUAUCUCGGUGUUAAUGAUUGGGAAAAAUACAAUAAAAACCUAAUUUCCAAAUAGGCCUUCAAUUAAAUCUCAGCGAUAAAGCCGGUUUUAUAGCUUUUGUUCAGUAUGAAACAUACUCUAAUUUUUAUUAAAAUACAAGUAGGUGUGGCUUUUCAAAAUAAUAUGAUUUACAACCUACAAAGAGAAAAUCGAAAUAUAUAAAAAUAAUAUUGAAAUCAAAAUUAUUUGACACACAUUUCUGUUGUUAUUGUUAUCAUUUUGAUCUGUAUGCACAUAUGUACAUACAUCAGAAACAUAUCAUUGUUAAACCCGUAUUCGUAUGUAAUUGUAUGUUUUCUUUCUAGGAGAGACAGAAUUAGAAACGUUUAAUUAAAAAAAUAUUUUUUUCUUAUGACAAACAUAUGUAUGUAUGUAACCUUUACAUAAUUUCAAAUUAAAAUAGUCAAUCCUUUAGAACAAGGGACAUAUUGAAGACUUGUUAUCUACAUCCUAAAGAAGAGCAUCUGAGUUUUGUUCCCAUAGCGGAAAGUUUAUAAUACUUACAAAAUAAUGAUAAAUGGUGCACUCAGUAUGUAGGGACGAUCGCAAUAAUGAAACGAAAUUAUUUCUCAAAAUUCUUUUGGGAUCAAUAGCUAUUUCAGCGGGAUUUAUUUAAAUGAUAUCAAUGAGAUUUGCAAUGUUAUUCUGCGAAUUCAAAGAGGAAAACCUGUAUGAUACCUAAGCCCCUAAAGCGCGAAAACAAUUUUAAGAGUUAUAAUAGAACGCUUUUUCCACUGGCGAUGAUAAAACACAGCCACAUAGGAAUUAGUUUAAAAAAAUACUAAGGACGAGCCGUUUUCAUUUAACAAAACCUUUUUACAAGCAUUAAUGAAGCUAUUAGAAAGAUUCCAAAUUUAGUCACAGACCUCUCAUACAUUCAUAAGGAUCUCCGUCCUUCCGAUUGACUGUAUACCGUCCAUUUCGGUCAGAGGUAUAUAUAUAACAACAAAACCAAGUGGAAAAGUUUUUCAUAAUCACAGCCUUAACUGCGUUCGAGCCCUUCCGUACUGUUUGUGCCUUCCUUCCAAAGAUAUGAAUAACAUUUCUGUCCAUUUUUACUUGAUUUUGAACUAGCCAAUACAUUUUCAUGACUUCGAUUCCCUUAAAAUUGUAGAAUUUUCUUAAAUAAGAGACGUUUUCAACGCGCCAAACUUACUACUUAAAAUCCAAUGCGAUUUUUUGUUUAUAAUUAGGUCACAUUCGAAGAUAUGCCAUAAAUUCUGUGAGAGAUACAUAGAUAAAAAUCAUUUACAACUGUCAAAUUGCACAAAUCAAAAUUGUUAAGGUCCUUCUAACCAUCCUUCUAAAUCAAUAUAGUUUAAUGCUAUAAAAAUCAGUAAUAUGUAAAAUUGUGGUGUAGGUACCUAAUACGAGGAUUGAAAACA